AUGUCCGCUGUUCAGACUAUCACUGUGCCCGCCCAACCCGAUAUUCAGUACCACCCUGAAUAUGAAAAGUACAAGGAGCGUACUCGUCGUCGAAAGGAGACCGAGACACUCCAGACCACUUUGCCGGCGGGUUUCCCGCAGAAAUUAGUAUCGCCGCUGGUCUGGGAAGGAAAAGAUGUCGAGAAGCGGGAUGACUGGGUUUAUCAGUUGAGCGAUAAUCAGCUGGAUGAAAUUGACGCUGCUUUGAAGAGCUUCAAAGCUCUUAAUUUAUCUUUGGGACAUAUCAACCAGUCGACUUUCCCUCUCCCCACCCUGCGGCCUGUUCUUCGAGACCUUUCGAAGGAGAUCCACACCGGUCGAGGAUUCGUCGUUCUUCGGGGUUUGCGCAUUGAUGAUUACUCUCGAGAGGAGAACAUUAUCAUCUAUGCCGGUGUAUCUUCUCACAUCGGCAAUAUUCGAGGACGUCAGCAAUACGCUCGACUGGCCAAUAACACUUCACCCGUGAUAUCCCACAUCAAAGACCUCACUAGCACCACCCAGAGGGAACUUAUCGGGGCCCCUUCGAACACGCCUGAUAAGCAGGUUUUCCACACUGAUGCCGGCGAUAUCGUCUCACUCCUUUGUUUGAACCGAGCCGCAGAGGGAGGAGAAAGCUAUCUUUCUAGCAGCUGGCAUGUAUACAACAUCCUGGCCAAGGAAAGACCCGAUCUUAUCCACACUCUGUCCCAGGAUUGGCCAGUCGACGGCUUCAAUAACCCGGCCAGUCCCUACACCCUCCGCCCACUUCUAUACCACCAACCAGCUACUGCCACCACCCCUGAGAGGGUCCUAAUUCAGUACGCAAGACGAUACUUCACUGGAUUCCUGGCUCAGCCCCGAUCGAAGGACAUCCCCCCUAUCACGGAAGCCCAAGCCGAGGCACUCGACGCUUUGCACUUCUUGGCAGAAGAGCACAGUGCCGCUCUGGAUUUCCAGAAAGGCGAUGUCCAAUAUGUGAAUAAUCUUAGCAUUUUCCACGCGCGGAACGGGUUUAGAGAUGAGCCCGGUAAAGAGCGUCAUCUGUUGAGAAUCUGGCUGCGAGACCCUGAAAAUGCAUGGGAAACGCCCCAGCAACUCCAAGAACGAUGGGAUAUAGUCUACAAAGAUGUUGUAGAGGAUCAGCAGGUGUUCCCAUUGGAGCCGACUAUUCGCAAGAGUGUCUGA